CUUGGAACCAUCAUCGCAAUUCAUAUCCCUUUUGAUCGCCAGCAUCUCGCCAUGGUUUUGACUCAGCUAAGCGCCAAAACCCUCGAGGGCCUCUGCUCCAAAGAGCAGCUUGAGCUCCUCAAUACGGUUGACUCACUGCGCUCCCAGGGAAUCAGCCACUACAUAUCACUGCCACAGAUCAUCGUCUGCGGCGACCAGUCAUCUGGCAAAAGCUCUGUACUCGAGGCCAUAUCUGGCGUCUCGUUUCCCGUCAAAAGCGGCCUCUGUACUCGCUUUCCAACAGAGCUCAUCCUUAGAACAGCAGCAAACACGUCUGUCAAGGUUUCCAUCAUCCCGCACCAGCCGCUAGGCAAAGUCGAGAGGGAUGCUUUGUCUGAUUUCCACGAGCAGCUGGACUCGCUUCAGGCGCUUCCAGAACUCAUCGAAAAUGCCAAGGCCUUCAUGGGUAUCAAGACUCUGGGCAAGGCAUUCUCCAAUGAUCUUCUACGCAUCGAGAUCAGUGGACCGGAUCGCCCUCACCUUACCAUUGUUGAUCUGCCGGGGCUGAUCCAUUCUGAGACAAAGAACCAGUCUGCCUCGGAUGUUGCUCUCAUCACUAGCAUUGUCAAGAGCUACAUGGCAAAGCAGCGAAGCAUCAUCUUGGCAGUCAUAUCGGCCAAGAACGACUACGCCAACCAGAUUGUCUUGAAGCUUGCUCGCGAUACGGAUCCUGAAGGGAUGCGUACGCUCGGCGUCAUCACAAAGCCAGACACUCUUGUGUAUGGUUCCAGCAGCGAAAAGACCUACAUCUCUCUGGCGCAAAAUAUGGACGUCGAGUUUCGUUUGGGAUGGCAUGUCUUGAGAAAUAGAGACACCGAUGCAGAUACCUGGACUCAAGCUCAGCGUGAUGCGAAUGAAAAGGUAUUUUUCUCAAAGGGUGCUUGGUCGUCUUUGCCUUCGUCAAACUUGGGCAUUGCUUCUCUUAGAAGCCGUCUGAGCAAACUCCUGCUGCAUCAAAUUGCUUCUGAGCUGCCAAGCUUGGUGGAUGAAAUUUCUUGCGAAAUUAAUGACUGCAAGGCGCAGCUUGAAAAGUUUGGCCAGCCCCGUAUAAGUCCACAAGAACAACGCAUAUACCUGAUUCGGAUCAGCCAGUCUUUCCAGUCUCUAAUGCAAGCUGCCUUGGAUGGCACCUACACAGAUCCCUUCUUCAGCGACGAUAAAGAGGGAUCAGCUUACCGCAGACGCAUUCGUGCAGUUAUUCAAAAUCUCAGUCGGGAUUUUGCAGACACAAUGGCAAAAGAUGGCCAAUACUACAAGAUCACCAACUCUCCAAAGGAGAAGCAGGUGCCUGGGGAGCCCAUUGAGAUGACCAGAGAUGAUUUUGUGAAUAAAGUUGUCGACAUGAUGUCUUACAGACGUGGCCGAGAGCUGCCCAAUUCUUUCAGCCCAGCAAUUGUUACGGAUCUCUUCCGGGAGCAGUCAGCACCAUGGAAGUCAAUCGUCCAGCGGCAUGUUCAGAAAGUCUGGGAAAAAACAAAGGUCUUUCUAACCGAGUUGAUUGUUCAUAUUUCCGAUCCCACAACUGUGACGGCCAUCAUGGAGACGGUAAUAAACCCCAAGCUUGAUUCUAUACUGGCCGAUCUCCAGGAGCAGACUGCAGCAUUGCUGCAUCCGUAUGAGAACGACCAUCCAGUGACUUACAAUUCCGACUUCGCCGAAGCUCUUCAGAAAAUCCGCCUCGAUCGACACUCGCCACAACUCGACGAGAUUCUGCGCAAGUACUUUCAGAACGCCAAUCUUGACAGCACCUCACACCACAUGUCAGUCUAUGUGAAUUUUGUGGGCUUGAAGCGAGAAUUAGUGCAACGUCUCGAGCCAGACUUGGAUCGCUGGAGCGCCUUUGAAGCACUCGACAGCGCCAACGCCUAUUACGAGAUAGCGUUCAAGCGGUUCAUCGACGAGGUGUCCAUCCAGGUGAUUGAAACAGGACUGAUCAGCCAGAUCCGCAACAUUCUCAGCCCCCUAGUCGUCGCACAGAUGGACGAGGACGAUAUGGCGGCCAUUGUCGGCGAGAAGGAAGCCAUUCGCACAGCACGCAAGAACCUUCAAGCCAAGAUCAAGCUUCUCGAAGAGGGCGCUCGGACGUGCAAGAGAUUUUCCGGAUAUCAAAUCUUGGCAGGGAUUAAUGGUGAUGCCAAGAAUGAUACAGCUGGCUCUCCUCCCGCAAAACUCGGCGGAAACAAGGGCGCAAAAACGAAUGGCGUGGCAACGAAUGGAGAAACAUCGCCGAAUUCUACCUCCCCGAUAAGAUCCAGAACCGGUAGGAGACGAUAAAAGUCUUUCGCGUCGAGGAUUCACUUUAGGAUGUUUGCAUUGGCUGAUUGGAGAGAACGAGACAGAGUAAAGAAAAUACACAUUUGCUUACAUCUAUCUGCGAUUCGGUAACGUAGCUUUUAAUAAGUUGCGUCAACUUCCGUGACGAGCAGUCAGGACACAAGACCUCUUAUAUGCUGUGAUACUAUGAGCUUCAUGUAGUAAAAUCAGAC